AUGUCGACUUCAACCCGCCCGACCACACGCCCGCGCCGGAUCGACGACGCCCUCUCCCAACUAGUCGACUCUCUCCUCCCCGAGAUUCCGCUCUCCGCGCUUCCCCAAGACCACGAUUUCUCCGAUGACGAGCAAGCCAUCGCCGCCGCCGAGGAGCACCGCCACCAUGCACAACUCGAGCGCGCCUGGCGCACCCUCGAAACGCACCCCGGUAGCGGCGCUGACCCGGGCUCCCCAGCCGGCCGGCGCGGCAGUUUCGUCGGCGAAGACGUCAAUCACGCCCCGGAUCUGAUCAAGCGCAAAUUGCGGCGCGAGAAUGCUAGCCCGGAGAAGAUCGUGCGCUUCUCGAAUCUAUACACGCGUCUUCUCACGCAGCCUGUGCUUUCGCAGAAAUGGGGUAUCUUGUAUCUGCUGUAUAAGCUGGGUGAGACGGACGAGGAACAGCCCGUUGAGCGCAGUCGUAGUCCGUUGAUGGACGAGGGUAAUUUGCAGCAUAUGCUUGGUCGAGGUGCGGGGCGUCCGCGGCGUGGAACGGUUGUUGAGUCGGAGGAUGAUGAAGGUCCCGCUGUGAGCUCGUCUGCGUCGCAGCCGCCGCGCGUAACUCGGGAGUCUAGGCCGCAACGCCCGAGUUCAUUGCGCAAGGACUGGGAGGAGUCUACGGAGCGAGCGAGCGCGAGUCGUGCUAGUCACUACGAGACUGGGGAUGAGCGGGAUGAUAUGGCAUCACCGACGCAGACGCCGGCUAGUCAUGCUCGCUCGGCGGAGUCGGUAGAGAAUGGGCUUUUACGAGAUCUCCCGUUCAAUCUGCAGGGUUUGUCUUCGACGAAUCUACAGUUCCAGUCGUUGUCCGUGUUGAAAUUACCCUCGAAUCUACCAGCUCCGAUUGUAUCGCUAUUGAAUGCAUUGGCUGAGCCGUGUCUGCUUUAUAAGGAGUUGGCUGGGUUUGUGGAGAGUGCGGAGGGGGGACUCGUGAAUCAGAGCUUGAGGGCUGCUGUCUCGAAUGAGUUGCGCUCGUACUUGGGCUUGGUUGCGACGCUAGAAGCGGAGAUUCGGCAGGCUUUGGCUGCAAUCGGGGAUGGGAGUACGAUGCAGGGGGUAAGGAAGGGUGGUGUUACAUUGAAGAGGUGUAUGGUGUGGACGAGAGAUGCGACGAUGGCGCUGAGGCUGAUGAGUUUGAUUGUGGAGGAAGCGAGAGAUAAAAAAGGUGGUCAAUUGAUUUCCUUGAUACACGGCUUCUCGUCGUCUCAUGGAGACCCGUUCGUCUGCGCCUUUGCAGAGAAACUCCUGGCUCAUGUCACUUGUCCGUUCUACGACAUGCUCCGGCUGUGGAUCUACGAUGGCGAGCUGUCUGAUCCAUACAAGGAGUUCUUCGUUGCAGAAUCCGAUCUCCGGACUACCACAGACCCUAGGCGUACUGCAUCCAGUGUCUGGGAAGAUAAGUAUAAGCUUGACGAUGAUAUGGUUCCGUCUAUUAUCACCCAGGACUUUGCCAAAAAGGUAUUCCUGAUCGGAAAGUCUCUUAACUUCAUCCGAUAUGGCUGCGGUGAUUCCGGGUGGGUGGAGGCUUAUUCCAAAGAAGCUUCGAAAGAGCUGCGAUACGGUGACACGGCCACGCUAGAGACCUCCAUUGAUGAGGCCUACAAGACGACCAUGGCGCGGUUGAUCUACCUUAUGGACGACAAGUUUAAGCUUUUCGAUCACCUACGGGCGUUGAAGAAGUAUCUCUUGUUGGGACAGGGCGACUUUAUCGCUCUCCUUAUGGAGUCACUGGCCUCCAACCUGGACCGCCCUGCAAACUCGCAGUAUCGCCACACCCUCACUGCGCAACUGGAACAUGCUAUCCGUGCUUCUAAUGCGCAGUAUGAUUCCCCCGAUGUGCUCCGCCGGCUGGAUGCACGCAUGCUCGAGCUAAGUCACGGCGAGAUCGGUUGGGACUGCUUCACUCUAGAGUACAAGAUUGACGCCCCCGUUGACGUGGUCAUCACACCAUGGGGUUCAACCCAGUAUCUGAAAGUAUUCAACUUCCUCUGGCGUGUAAAGCGCGUCGAGUUUGCCCUCAGCAGCACCUGGCGCCGCUGCAUGACCGGUGCACGAGGUGUCCUGGGCAGUGUGGACGACAAGGUCGGACCGGACUGGAAACGCGCGCGCUGCGUUAUCGCCGAGAUGAUCCAUUUUGUCUGUCAGCUGCAAUACUACAUCCUCUUCGAAGUGAUUGAAUCCAGCUGGGAUCAGUUGCAGGCUGAAGUCUCAAAGCCGGGCUGCACACUCGACGACCUCAUUGAAGCACACACCAAAUACCUCAACUCUAUCACGCACAAGGGCUUACUGGGCUCGGCCACUACAUCUCGAUAUGGCGCCUCUACCUCUGCCUCCGCCAAACAGCCCGAGGAAAGUUUCCUCAGCCAGCUCCACCACAUUCUCAAGAUCAUGCUCUCAUACAAGGAUGCCGUAGAUGGCCUAUACUCCUUCUCCGUCGCCGAAUUCACCCGUCGCCAGGAACUGAGUGCAAAGAUUGAAACCCGCACAGCGCAGGGCCGCUGGGGCGUCACGGAUCGCGAUAUGCUACCACGCCGUACAAAUAGCCGCGGUGGCGCCUCCAUGGCAUCAACACCAGACAUUCGGCCCGCAAGUGCCGGACCCGAUGGCAUUGACACGCCCUUCUCACUCUCAGCACAGGACCUGGCUGCAGACGACAACAUGCUCGCCUCGCUACGAGUCCGACUACGUGAUCUCUCUGCAGAUUUCAAAUCACGUCUGACUAUCUUGCUGAGCGAUCUAUCCUACCAGCCUGAUGUAGACAUGCGCUUCCUCGCCGUCGUGAUGAACUUUAACGAUGUCUAUAAACCGAGGAGGCGGCCCAAGCCGACUUCCGGCGGGCGCGAUAGAGAUAGAGAGAGGGAGCGCGCGAAGCGCAAGGCAGCAGCUAGUGCUGGGACGGCGAAUGCUGGUACAGGCUCGGGCACGGAAUCAUCAAGAGAGAUGCGCCGAGAGCGGAGUGCUGGUGGUCCUGAGUCUGGGAAUGGAAUUGGGAGUGGCGUUGCAGCAUAG